ACUACUGGCAUCAUCCCGCGCAUAAGAAGACCUUAGAGUCGUGGGCCAAAGCGAACAAUGUGGCGAAGAACUUGGGCCUGCCAUCGUACAUCGACUACGAAACUGUCCAGAUCGAACUGCAGUUCCCUUUGUGGUGUGGCAAAGGCAAUUUCCAUGAUGCCAGCAGGAUGCUCCGUCUACAGACGCGCCCUCCACUGCAAAACCGCUGCCUGAAGAGGUGUGGCAAAGGCAAUUUCCAUGAUGCCAACAGGAUGCUCCGUCUACAGACGCGCCCUCCACUGCAAAACCGCUGCCUGAAGAGGUGUGGCAAAGGCAAUUUCCAUGAUGCCAACAGGAUGCUCCGUCUACAGACGCGCCCUCCACUGCAAAACCGCUGCCUGAAGAGGUUCCUUUGGCCCAUUUGGCCCAUGGCGCCUUUCUUCAGGGCAACCAACAAGGACUCCAUCUUCUCGCUGCCCAACAUGGCUGCACAAAGCCACUGGGCCAGUCUGCAGGUUUUGGGCAACGAACCCAUGGGCAAACAAUCCUGCAGAGCUGCACGUGAGCCAGCGGCACAACUUCUGAACUUUAAACCUCUCAGAUGUGAGGAUGUGAGCAGUGCCGUCUCUGUGAGGCACGACGGACCUUUCUGGCACCACUUUCAGCAGCCAGCGAAUGAACAGGGCUUCAAAGAAGUCGUGGAUGCGUCUGAGUACCGGGCCUUUGCAGAGCAUGUGCACGUGAUGGAUGUGAAAGGUCCUCCAGCUGAGGGCUACUACAAGCGGCUGAAGGAACUCGUGCUUGAUCAGGCCAAUUCCUCUGAAGCUGAAGUCAUUCGCCUGGACCAAGUGACUUGUGACCUUUCUCCUGGUGACGGACGGUGGCGUUGGGUCACACGAGAAACGAUCCUGCACAAGUUCGAGCUAUGGUCGGCUGGCUACUUGACUCAGCGCACCCCUGCAGAUUGGGCAAAAACCAUGGCCAAGGCAAUCCCUUGCAAGCUGGAGUCGUUGCAGCCAAAGCAGUUCGACAUGCCCCGGUCCCGAUAUGCUACCAACAAAGAGGCAUCGCAUCAAUGGGAAGAGGCAUUGCAAUUCUGCCAAGUCCGCGCAAGCGUUGUGGUAGCUCUGGAGCGUUUCAGCAAAAACGGCCUGACCUUCGAAGCCACUUUGCCAAACUCGCCCAGCAAAAUGUCCAAAAAAAUGAAGAAGCCCGGAAUGCCUUCCUUCAAGGUCAUCCUGUCAGAUUGCGCAGAUGUCUGGAUCUGGGCAAAGGAUUUGCCGGAUGCCUCCUUCGCUGAGCAGCAGGCGCUGCUUCCUGGACCAGAUGCUCCACAGCAACGUGUGAAGGCCUUUGCGGCAGAAGUUGACAGCGCUGCCUUGCCCUUGUUGUCUUGGAUUUUUACCUUGUUCAUCCUUUUUACCAUGGAUUUCACUAUAA